CCAGGAAGUGGAGAGCGAUCAGGUGGCGGUGCGAGUAGUUGGCGGGGUGUACGUUAUGUGUAGGCAAGAAUAACCGUGUGUGCGUGACAGUAUUUUGUAAAUGCUACGUAUUAGACGCUUUGAGUCGAAAUGGCGCUGCUGCGACUGAGAAAUCCGCAGGGUUCAAAUGCCACUGAAAUAGAGAAGAAAAUUAAAAGAGGUAAUGCGCUGCGGCAGGGAUCUGCAUGGAGGAGUUACAGGGGGCCUGCAGCCUUGGUGCUGGUCGCUCUGUCUGUGUUCGGGAUGGCUAUGUGGCUGUACGUGACCUCUCUGGACAGUGACGUCACAGAAACACUGGUCAGCCAGAGUGAGAUGGUCGCUCCCCAGCCCAGAGUCUACACCGUCCAGUGCUCCGAAGACUAUGACAGCUAUAAACGCUAUCCAGGAUGCACCCCUCAGAAGUGUGGCCGCGCUGUCACAGACAACAUGGUGACGAGGCAGGAGGCUCAGGUCCUCAGGAGGCUGGCUGAGAGAGGGCUGGCGUUGGCUGGGUCAGAGGGAGGAGCUUCCAUACUGGACCUGCACUCUGGAGCGUUGUCGAUGGGAAAACAGUUUGUCAACAUCUACAGGUAUUUUGGGGAUCAGAUCAGAGACGUGUUCACACAAGAGGACUUCCAGCUUUAUAGAGAUGUACGUGGGCGAAUCCAGGCAGUUAUUGCCGAGACGUUUGGUUUGGACCCGUCUCUCAUGUACCUCACCAAGCCCACCUUCUUCUCCAGAAUCAACAGCACGGCAGCCAAGACCCAACACGACGAGUACUGGCACCCGCACAUAGAUAAG